GGUUUUACGAUAAUUAAAUUAUUUAAUUAAUUACGUUAAUUUUCCUAAGAUUUCCAACCUUUCACUGCAAUUAGCCCCGAAAUUUCGCCAAAACUAUUGAUAGUUUAUGAAAAAUCCAAGUCUUCCAGAGUCUGUCAAGAAAAAAAAAUUGAAUCCAAUGAUGUGCAAUCGUGAAUUUUCGAUAUUUCCAAAAACCGGUGAAAUCUCCUUGUGCCAUCCCACUGCACCACUCAUUCAUAUCUCCAACAUUGCUCCGCAUUCCCAGAAAUCCACGAACAACAACUCCUCCCUUCCCCGUUGCAAUUCAAAUUUCAAGUAAUCUGCUGCAAUUCCGGCCAAAUGUAAUCAGAUCCCCUGAAAUACUGAGUCGCACUCCACCUCUACUCCAAGUAUUUCCCCUCCGGAAUGCAGUUGAACGAUAUUGCCGCUUGAUUUUAUACCCUCGAGUAUUCCCACAGCGGAUAAUCCUACCAGGAAGUGAUAACAUCGAUUCCAUAAGUGAUAACGAUUUGUUAUUUUUUUUUGUCGUUGGAAAGAUGGAGAAAAAAAUGAGGAGAGAGACGUCGAUUAGGAUCGCCGAUACCGUGGAUAAUACAUCGGGGAAAGUGUUUGAGUACAAUGUAAACAUGAGUGUCUCCUUAUCGAACAGCAAGAGAUCAAAGAUUUUCCAAAGAACCCAGAGUUUAGUUAUUGUUUUAAUGACUGUUGCAUUUUUUUUUAUAUUUUCACAACUGAAGAGGGAGGUACGGGUCUUGGAAGCACAGAUGAAUUCAAUGAAUUCGAACCUUGUGAUUCUCAUGUUGAGAUACGAAAGGUUGAACAGGAUAAAUCGGUGGAGCUAUCGAAACCCUCUGAUUCAUGUGGAAUCCCCGAAGCUCAUCAACGAAGAUUCUAAUGAAAGUGAAGAUGAUGAAGACAAUCUCUCGAGUAAGGGAUUAUUUCAACCGAGCAGAAUCGAGAGAUCGGUUGUCAUGGUUGACAGGAGUAAUUUAACUGACGUUACGAGUGACAAUCAGACACUUUGGAGUGAUGCACGUGGGGGAAGAUCUAAGAGGGAGGAGGUCAGAGGUAAACAACGAAGAAAGAUCAAACGGAGGCCUAAACGCAGUCGCAGGCGAUUGGGACCGUUGGUGGCUACAUUCGUCGGUGCUGUGCCUGAGCAACACGUCACAGAUACAGGUAUCUACAUCGGUCCUUGGGUGAAACGCAACGAGACUCGAUAUGGCUUCAAUAAAUUCCAUCUGGUCGAGGACAAAAGAUCCAUUGAAGUAACUGCCAAUGGACUGUACAUGAUCUCAGCUCAAAUAUAUUACUACGGGGAAAAAACUCAUUACUCUUACUGGAUUCUACUGAGUUCCGAGGGCUCAUCGACAACGCGGAAAGUUAUAAAAUGUGCAACUGUAUCAGCUGUUUCUGCCACUGAGGCUUCUUGCUACACUAGUGUUAUUCUGCCUCUCAGGAGAGGGGACAGGCUGCACAUACAGCAACAGGAACGUAAUCGGCUCAUUAAUUUGAGGGAGGGGCACAGUUACGUUCAGGUGACAUUACUAUCCAGCGAUCAGCAAAAGAGACGAUUGACCACAUGAUAUCAACUAGUCCUUCAUCGCCAUAAGCAUCUCGUUAUUUUUUAUGUUUAAGCGAUUUAUCUUUUGUAAUUAGGGAAGUAUGAGACGAGGAUUGUCUCGAUCAAUAGCUGAACGAUUUCGAACAGAAAAUGCACAAGUUCUUCCGGAGUAUUUACCCCUUCAUUUGUAAAUUCUAAUUAACGUACAAUUAUCCCUGAAAUCGACUCGUUCAUCUAUUGAUCAGAUCACCUCAAAGAUUUCUGUGGUUGUCAGCCAUAAUGAUUCAGCUGCAUUGUGAUUACCUCACCAUAAACGAGAAAACAUCAGUCAUUUUUUAAUUGUAAUUUUUAAUAUCUCCUUACGACAAUAACUCAAGUAUUAAGACUGUCAUGAGCACAGAAGAAUGGGUCGAACAACUUCUACGUCAUAUAUUUCAUUGAAAUAAUAACAAAACAGUUGACAAAUAAAGGCAUUUUUACCGUUCAA